AUGUUCGAGGAGGUGGCGCACGCUGCCUUGCAUAUCCCUUCAGGCUCAGCGGGCUUUUUGCAACCCUCGGCCGACUGCGAAUUCAACCGGGAGUUGGAGGGAGACGCUUCCGAGGCCUCUUCCACGCUAUCUGCAGCAGCCAGCUCGCGCGUGGACGCCAUCUCGAAGCGGCGCCUUCAAUUCCUCAGGGACCCUUAUACCAUCGGCAAGCACGUCGAAGGUAUUCUGCAGAAGGAUGCAAGGGACGGAUUUGAAAAGGCUCUGAGCAUCACUCGGUUGGCAAGCAAAGACAAGCAGGUCACGGUCAGCUGGAAUCAUCUGAUAGGGUACCUCAUGCGCAAAGGGAAGCUUGUUGCCGCUGUCAAGCUCUUUAACGAAAUGAAAAAACGGGCGCAGCUACCCAAUGCACAGACGUACACUAUCAUAUUCAAGGGUUGCGCGCAGUCGCCCCAUGCCAGCCUUGCCGUCUACCAGGCAACGCGGCUCUACUACUCCAUGCUCGACAACGAGCGGAUCAAGCCCAACACUAUUCAUAUGAAUGCAGUCCUGCAGGUCUGUGCUCGUGCUAAGGAUGUGGAGUCACUCUUCAGCGUGGCCAAGACAGCCAACGACCGCCUGCGCAUGCCCAACAACCUCACCUACACCACCGUUUUCAAUGGCCUGCGCUAUUCCACAGCGCUCCCCCACCACCGGACGGUCAAAGAAGGCGAGGAAGAGGUUCAUGUGGACAAGGAGAAGGUGUCUGUGUCGAUCAAGAGGGCCAGAGCAGUGUGGGAGGAAGUGGUGACAAACUGGCGCCAGGGACGGAUCAUUAUUGAUGAGGAACUGGUGUGCGCCAUGGGACGAGUUCUUCUUAUGGGAGACUACCACGAUAACGAUGACGUCCUGUCUCUCGUCGAGCAAACCAUGGGCAUCCCACGAUUCGACCGCCCAACAAUGUUGGCGGCCACACCGAAGACAGCCCCGAAGGAGCCGGCUGCUACUCCAAUCUCGUCAACUGAUGAGAAAGCUGUGGCAGAGGACAAGACUGCAGCAGAAGACACAGCCGCAAAAAGGCCGCCUUCAGAGGGUCGGAAACCGCCGCCGCCUGUAGCAGUCGCGCACAAGACCCAGUUUGUACCAUUACCAGCUGGCGUCAUUGGUUCCAAAAACCACAACAGUAUCGAGGGCAGCGAAGGCGGCAGCAGCAGGAUCCUGUACUCGCAACCAGGCCGCAACGUGCUCUCGCUCGUCCUGACGUCUCUCGGCGCGACGCGGAAGACGAGCCUUGCGGCGCGGUACUGGGAAGUGUUCCAAAGCCCGCCGUACUACGUGGUGCCAGACUCGGAGAACUGGUUCCGGCUGCUGAAGGCGCUACGUCGGGGACACAACAGCGCCAAGACGGCGGAGCUGCUACAGAAGAUGCCCAAGGAGCUCAUCAACGAGCGGACGCUCCAGUUGGCGAUGGCGACGUGUGCGGCAGACAACCUGAACGACGGUGCGUUUGCAUCGGCAGGGAAGGUGUUGGACCUGAUGAGCCGGACGCUCCUGGUGCCAGACCCACACACGAUGCGUAUGUACCUGCAGACGGCCAUUACGAACAACCGGCAGUUCAAGGAGGUGGCGGACCCGAGAGAGCGAGAGGUGGCCAAGUUUGCGUUUGGGCGCCAGAUUGUGCGGGCGUUGGGCCGACUGUGGGAUCCUCUGCGACUGGCUGGAAACGCACUCACCUACCCGGAACAGCCGUACGCAUCAGGGCCGGAGAAGCGGGAGCAGACGUACAACGGGCGGCGGGAGCUGGUGUCUCUGAUACGACAGAUGGUGUCGGCGGCCGACAUGGUGGUGUCGGAGGGCAUGGCGGACGAGGCGACGAUAAAGGACGUGCGAACCAGCCGCAACCUGUUGAACCGACAGGUCACGCGGUUCUACGAGAACCGGGAGGAGAUGGAGCCGAAUCUGAAGAGCGCACGAGAAAGGCGGGAGAGAAGAGCCAGUUUUCCCAGAGCGCGCACGACAAAAGGAUUCGCGACAGCGAGGCGGAAUGCCGGCGAGCAACUUCUCUUCGAGGACGCCUUCGUCUCCAACAGGACGCGACCAAAACGCGUCAACCCGCAGCAAAUCGCAGCCAUGGCGAAAGUUGCAUCUGAUUUCGAGAAGAUGAUCCACGCCGAUCGCAAUCGCAAGAAGAACGAAGCCCUUGCGGCCCGGAUCUUCAACAAAGACCGUCGAUCCAGCGCGCCGAUCAAGGCCACCGGUAGCGGAGCCGGUGCCGGCUUGCUCACGAGUCGUGCCGGCGUGAAAAAGUCGGAUCUCGCGGCCGGGCCAGCAGCCCCUUCGGACAGGCAGGGCAGCAGCCCCGACAACGGUGGUGGCGGCACGGGGUCAGCAGCGACGCGCCGCGCAGCCGUCAACGAGCCGCUCGUGGUGAUGGCCCAGAACUUUGCGCCCGGCACGACGGCAGCAGACAUUGAGAGUGCGAUGACGCCAGUGGGCGGGUUGGUGAGCAGCUGCCGCAUCCUCAAGACGGCGCCGCUGGUGAUUGCCGAGAUUGUGUUUGAGACGCGCGAGGGCGCGCUGCGCGUGAUCGAGACAUUCAACAACCAGACGGCCGACGGCCGGCUGCUGCACGUGUAUCCCAAAGCGGGCCAGCAGAUGGCGAUGGGGGCCAGCAGCAGCAGUCAGCCGGCGAUGGCGGUACCGCGGGCGCUGGCAGUGGCCAACAGCAACGGCAGCAGCAGCAACGGCCUCGUCGUGGACGGCUCGCUCGGCUUCGACGACCCCAUGGACACGGACGGGCUCAGCAGCAGCAAGCUGUACAGUGACGAUCUGGUCGGGUCCAAACCACCAACAGGACCCGCGGCCGGCGCCAACGUGCAAACACUCUCUUUUCGACCUCUUCCCAUACGGGCACUAGCAACGCACUUUGCUCGACGUCACUACACAACAGAGAACAGCAAGCAGCAGAUAUAUCGGGGGGAAGCCAUGGCCAACGACGAGAUCAACGUGCCGUCACUGGUGCUGAUCCUGGUUGUCUCCGGCCUCCUGUUGCGCCACUUCUUCUUCCGGGGACCGGCUCCGUCCUCUGCUGCAGGAGGAGCUGCGGCUGCGACGAGGACGUCGUCCCGACAGCCAUCGACCCUCCAGGACCAGCGGCGAGCCGAGGCGCUGGACCGCCGCACCGAGGCUGCCGUCGACCAGAUCCAGCAGAUCUUUCCCACCGCAGACCGCCGCGCCAUCUGGUGGGAUCUACGACGUGGCAACCUCAACGUGGCCGCAACAACGGAGCGGAUCCUCGCCGGUCGUCUAGAAACGCCGCCCGUCUCGUUCCAGCCUCCUGCACGGCCGACACCGCCUGCCACCGGAGCUGCCGCCGGCAACAGCAGCAGCAGCAGCAGCAGCAGUGGCGCUGCCAUCAUCGCUUCCCGAGGCAGCAGCAGCUCCUCGUCGGCCCUGGCCUUGUCGCGGUCUACACAGCCGAACCUGAUCCAGCGCUACCACCUGCAGGACCGUGUGGCUUCCACAGACACGCCAGACGUCAUCACGCCACCGCCGUCGCCCUUGCCAAACACUGUAGCUCCUGCGGGCAACAGCAAGUCCAAGAGCUGGAGCUCCAACAAGGACGAGCGCCAGGCCCUGCUGAAGAAGCGGCGGGACGACAUGAUCCUCGAGGCUCGACGCAAGAUGGAGGCUAAGCUGGCCGCCGAAAGGGCCGCCACUGCCGGCCAGAGGUCGUGA